CAGCAGCUGUUGCCAUGGAGAUUGUGUACGUGUAUCUCAAGAAGCGCAGUGAGUUUGGGAAGCAAUGCAACUUCUCAGACCGCCAGGCCGAGCUCAACAUCGACAUCACGCCCAACCCGGACCUGGCCUUGCAGUUCGUGGAGCGCAACCCAGUGGACAAGGGCAUCCAGUGCUCCGCCAGCAUGUCAGAGCACGAGGCCAAUACAGAGCGCUUCGAGAUGGAGACCCGGGGGGUUAAUCACGUCGAGGGGGGCUGGCCCAAGGACGUGAACCCCCUGGAGCUGGAGCAGACCAUCCGAUUCCGCAAGAAAGUGGAGAAGGAUGAGAACUACAUCAACGCCAUCAUGCAGCUGGGCUGCAUCAUGGAGCACUGCAUCAAGCAGAACAAUGCCAUCAACAUUUACGAGGAGUAUUUCGAUGACGAGGAAGCUGUGGAGGUGACGGAGGAGGCCCCUUCAGCCAAAACACUCAAUGUCUUCAGGGACCCUCAAGAAAUCAAGCGGACAGCCACGCACCUCUCCUGGCACCCAGAUGGCAACAGGAAGUUGGCAGUGGCGUACUCGUGCCUGGAUUUCCAGCGAGUGCCUGAGGACAUGAGCUAUGAAUCCUAUAUCUGGGACCUGGAAAACCCCAAUAGGCCUGAGAUUGCCUUGAAGCCCUCCUCUCCGCUCGUCACCUUGGAGUACAACCCCAAAGACACCCACGUGCUCCUGGGGGGCUGUUACAAUGGGCAGAUAGCCUUCUGGGACACACGCAAGGGCAGCCUGGUGGCAGAGCUGUCCACCAUCGAGUUUAGCCACCGAGAUCCUGUGUACGGCAGUAUCUGGCUGCAGUCGAAGACAGGCACUGAAUGUUUCUCGGCUUCCACAGAUGGGCAGGUCAUGUGGUGGGACAUCCGAAAGAUAAGUGAGCCCACCGAGGUUGUGAUCAUGGACAUCACCAGAAAGGAGAAUCUGGAAAAUGCCUUGGGUGCCAUCUCCCUGGAGUUCGAGUCUACGUUGCCAACCAAGUUCAUGGUGGGCACUGAGCAGGGGAUCGUCAUUUCCUGCAACCGCAAGGCCAAGACCCCCGCGGAAAAGAUUGUAUGUACCUUCUCCGGCCACCAUGGCCCCAUCUACGCCCUCCAGAGGAACCCCUUCUACCCCAAGAACUUCCUGACCGUCGGUGACUGGACAGCCCGAAUCUGGUCCGAAGAUAGCCGGGAGUCAUCCAUUAUGUGGACCAAAUACCACAUGGCUUACCUCACCGAUGGAGCCUGGAGCCCUGUGAGGCCGGCAGUUUUUUUCACUACCAAGAUGGAUGGGACCCUGGACAUCUGGGACAUUGUGUUCAAGCAGUGUGACCCUGCCCUCAGCCUGAAGGUGUGUGACGAGGCCCUCUUCUGCCUCCGGGUGCAGGACAAUGGGUGUCUCAUUGCCUGUGGCUCCCAGCUGGGGACAACCACCCUUCUGGAAGUUUCCAGCGGACUCUCCACCCUCCAGAGGAAUGAGAAGAACAUAGCUUCCUCCAUAUUUGAGCGGGAGACCCGGCGAGAGAAGAUUCUGGAAGCCAGGCAACGAGAGAUGCGGCUGAAGGAGAAAGGCAAAGCCGAGAGCAAGGAUGAUGACCACAAGGAUGAAGAGAUGGGCAUAAACUUGGAUGAACUGGUCAUCACGGCUGAAGAGGAGUUCCUCAGUGUCAUCCAGUCAGAGAUGAAGAGGAAGGAGGUGGAGGCCAUGAAGAAGAAGGCAAGGGCUGGGAAUUUGGCUUAG